AUGAAGAAUCUCUUAACCACCUAUCCGCGAUCUUUCCGCCGGACAUUGAUUCGAAAUCGUAUCGUCCGCUCGCUACUCAUCCUCUUCAUAGCCUGGAAUCUUGUCGAACUCCACCUGAUCCUCCGCCGCAUCUCCCAAACGGACAUCAUCUACCGCGAACAACCCCGCCGCCAUGAAAGGAUAUAUAUUGCGAUGGUCAAUUGGAAUAAUGAAUUCAUUCUACGAAGCCACCUGAGCAAAGCGAUCACAGAGCUUUCAUGGAAAUUGGGGCCGGAGAACGUAUAUAUCAGCAUCUACGAAAGUGGCAGUUAUGACAAUACUAAAGGCGCGUUGGUCGACCUUGAUGCGGAACUGGAUCGCCUCAAUGUACCACGGAAUAUCACCAUGUCAGACACCACACACGCGGAUGAAAUAGCCGCCCCUCCGGAGGGCGAGGGUUGGGUUAUGACGCCGAGAGGGGAAAAGGAGCUCAGGCGGAUUCCAUAUCUCUCGCGAGUGCGAAAUUACAGUCUGGAACCGUUGCAUGAGCUAGCGAAGCAAGGAAUACAUUUUGAUAAGAUACUGUUUCUCAAUGACGUUGUGUUCACAUCAAACGAUGUCUUUGAACUCCUUGAUACCAAUGAUGGAGACUAUGCUGCGGCAUGUUCAUUGGAUUUCUCGAAACCACCCUACUAUUAUGACACAUUUGCUCUCCGAGAUGCCCACGGCCAUGAGGCCGUCAUGCCUACUUGGCCAUUCUUCCGCGCAUUUCCAUCACAUUAUGCUAUGAAGAACUUGCUGCCCGUACCAGUGAAGAGUUGCUGGAACGGCAUGGUCGCAAUGCCUGCUGCACCUUUCCUGGCGAACCCACCCCUUCGCUUCCGGGGUAUUCCUGAUUCCCUGGCAUCUUCGCACCUCGAAGCCUCUGAAUGCUGUCUCAUCCAUGCAGACAAUCCACUCUCAACACAACACGGAGUCUAUCUCAACCCUCUUGUGCGUGUUGGCUAUAACACUGCUGCCUAUGUGGCUGUGAACCCUAUAUUGAAUUGGCUGACUCCCAAAACAAUCCUACAAGGAUUGUGGUUAAACAGGAUACGUCGCUGGACGACGUUUCCUGGCUUCAAAGAUAGAUCAAUCCACAAUCAAGUAGCCCGUUGGGCCAACCUGACUCCAGAUAACAGAGAGCCCGGGGAUUUCUGUGUUAUCAACGAGAUGCAAGUCCUUGACCCGCGGGGAUGGUACCAUAUAUAG